AUGACUCAGCCUCCAGGACUUGUUGAUCCAACCCGUCCUGACUAUGUGUGUCGUCUCAACAAACCCAUCUAUGGACUCAAACAAUCUCCUCGGGCGUGGUACAUGGCUCUCAAGGAUCAUUUGGUUCAAACUGGCUUCACCAACUCGCUUGCAGACACCUCCCUCUUUGUUUACUGCCGAGACUCGGUACUUCUCUAUGUCCUUGUCUACGUUGACGACAUUAUUGUUACAGGGAAUCGACCAGAACUUGUAACCAGUGUGGAGACAUCGCUUGCGACACGUUUCUCGAUCAAGGAUCCCUGUGACAUUCACUACUUUCUCGGUAUUGAGGUCACACGCACCAACAAUGGUCUCCAUCUCAUGCAACGGAAGUACAUCGUUGAUCUCCUCACCAAAACACACAUGUUUGAAGCUAAGCCUGUCUCCACGCCUAUGCCGACCUCACCUAAGCUCACACUACACUCCGGCAAAGCACUUGACAAUGCCAAAGAAUAUCGGAUGGUGGUUGGAAGUCUACAAUACAUUUCCAUCACUCGUCCAGAUAUUGCCUACGCAGUCAACAAACUGUCUCUCUACAUGCACAAACCCACAGACGACCAUUGGCAAGCUGCUAAGAGAGUUCUGAGAUACCUUGCUGGUACUCUAACCCAUGGUGUCUAUUUUCGGUCCGACAGUCCGUUCUCUCUACAUGGCUUCUCUGAUGCAGAUUGGGGUGGUGAUAUCGAUGACUACACCUCUACUAAUGCCUAUGUGAUUUAUCUCGGCAAGAAUCCUAUCUCAUGGUCGUCCAAGAAGCUCAAAGGUGUGGCCCGUUCCUCCACAGAAGCUGAAUAUCGUGCUGUUGCGACUACAGCCGCUGAGAUUCGUUGGAUAUGCUCGUUGCUCACCGAGCUUGGGCUUAUACAACGUCAACCUCCGGGGGUUUACUGUGACAAUGUUGGGGCCAACUACCUCUGUGCGAAUCCUCUCUUCCAUUCCCGCAUGAAACAUAUAGCACUUGACUAUCAUUUCAUUCGUGAACAAGUGCAAUCUGGGAUCCUCCGUGUCUCCUACGUCUCCACACAUGAUCAAUUGGCCGACAUGCUCACGAAACCACUACCUCGAUCACACUUUCAGCUCUCUCGAAACAAGCUCGGAGUCAUUCCCCUGCCUCCUUCUUGA